GUAAAUCAUCUGCACUGCGCCUCUUUCGUUUCCAACAAAUAUACAAAAAAAAAAACAAAAAACUAUAGAAGAAACGCGAGGGAGACGGGCAGAAGACUAAGAAAACAUGGAUUCCGGAGCCGGUGGUGGUCCCGGUGGAGAUGAUCUUUCAUCGAAGAGCUUUCCAUCUUCGGUUUUGACAAAGUGGAGCAACGCCAUUUCUCGGCGGUAUCAACAUUUUCUCGACAAGUCGACCCCGCACGUUCUCAGGCGAUGGAUCGGGUUCUCUGUUGUCGCCGCCAUCUACAUCAUCCGGGUCUAUCUCAUCCAAGGUUUCUACAUCGUGUCGUAUGGACUCGGUAUCUACAUCCUCAACCUCUUCAUCGCUUUCCUCUCCCCGCAGGUUGACCCUGAGAUUCAAGAGCUUGUCGAUGGGCCCACCCUUCCCACUAGGGGUUCCGAUGAGUUCCGUCCUUUCGUUCGCCGGCUCCCCGAAUUCAAGUUCUGGUAUGCUAUCACAAAAGCCUUCUGCAUUGCUUUUGUGAUGACAUUCUUUAGUGCAUUUGAUGUGCCUGUUUUCUGGCCAGUGCUCCUUUUCUACUGGCUGGUGCUGUUCUUCCUCACAAUGAAGAGACAGAUACUACACAUGAUCAAAUAUAAAUAUGUUCCAUUGUCCCUAGGCAAGCAGCGCUACAUUGGGAAGAAAGCAGCUUCAACUGAUGACUCAGAAAUUACUAGAGAUUGAAACUUAAGGUGAGUUGGAUCAUUAAGUGGAUAUAGGACAGCUGCACUAGAUAUUAUUUAUGUGCUUAUUCCAGAGGGGGGGACCUAUGGGAGCAGAAGUUCAUGGUGAUCUGGUAAGAAAGUUAUUGAAUUUUCACAUGGCAAACCUUCUCAAUUAUAUUGUGAAAGAUGCAACCUGGAUUGGAGCUGAGGUUGCUUAUUUUUGUGUCAUUAUUUUCAUUUUGCUUUUCUUUCCCCUAGUCGCAUCCAGCAUACUGCAGUGCUAGUAAAUGAAUUUAUACAAUGAACAAGGGAGCAUAUACAACGAGGAAUUAUGUCCAAUUCCAAGUGAAGAUCGCCUUUUGAAACGUGAAAUUUGUUCAAAUGUUUGCUUGAUU